AGAGCAGAAAGACAAACUCGAAUUAUGGAUUCAGCUCAAUAUGCAGAAUUCUGUGAAAGUCGACAUUUAAGUUUCUACAAAAAAGCUUCCAAAUUUCGAGAUUGGCUGGACUGCAGCAGUAUGGAGAUAAAACCCAAUGUUAUUGCUAUGGAAAUCUUAGCAUAUUUAGCAUAUGAAACUGUGGCACAGUUAGUAGAUCUGGCUCUUCUUGUGAGGCAGGACAUGGUAACCAAGGCAGGAGACCCCUUCAGCCAUGCCAUUUCUGCAACCUUCAUUCAGUAUCACAACUCUGCUGAGGGGUCUUGCAUGAAGUCCUGCCCAGAAUCUCCUGAGAACACACCUCCUCCUACACCAACAGCUCCAUCAUCUGGGUCACAGCACUCAGGGAAAACUACAUCAGGAUCUCUAGGGAAUGGGAGUGCUGGACAAGAUUCAGCUAAGACCAAGCAAAGGAAAAGAAAAAAGAGCACUGCGGCCUGUGGUGUUGAGGCUCACAGCGAUGCCAUCCAGCCCUGCCACAUCAGAGAGGCCGUUCGACGCUACAGCCACAAGAUUGGCCCACUUUCCCCAUUCACAAGUGCCUACCGCAGGAAUGGGAUGGCUUUUCUAGCCUGCUGAUUCCUCAGGCCCAUCUCCCCGCCACAUGCCCAUUGAGAAGCCAAGGAAUCACAGUCACUAAAGGGGAGCAGCAUUUCCACAACUGGAUUGGAAGUGUGUGCUGGCAGUUUCUUGCUGGUAGCAGCUGAGCUACUCUUCUGGAAUCUAUACUUUCUCCAGUAAAUGAGGAACUGUAACUCUUGGGAACAAACCAAAACAUGGCAGAUAUAAUUGUACAGUUCCUGAUUAAACAGAAUUGCAAAAAAGGAAGUUAUUUCUUUAAUUCUGUGGGAGUUUUGUAUAAUUUUACUUUUAUCAUAAUUUUUUCACACGCUUGAAACAGGCUUUGUGAAAAAUAAUAAAAUGAGAAAUGUGAAAGA